CCCUCUCUAUUGUAAAAAGAGAUCUACAGAGAAGACAUCAUCCUUAGCCCCUCUCUAUUGUAAAAAGAGAUCUACAGAGAUGACAUACGUGAUUUCAACAUCUCCUCCUUUCUCUCUGCUGUAAAGGUCACAGCUUCAACUGGGGAAGUUAUUCUACUGGCCACUAGGGAAGAGAACUGCUCAGCCUCCAAUCAGCCUGGCUCAGAGAGGCAGUCUGUCACUUACAGACUGGAGCUACUGUAAACAGGUCACGCUGCUCUGGACUAGUGGAGACACUGAACACUAUGAGGUGAGAGUGAAGACCUUAACCUAGCCUUUCUGGGAAAGAGUGAGUGAGAAGGAAGAUUUGGAGAAAGAGAUAGGUAUUGAAAAGGAGAAGAAGGGUAAAGAGAGGGAGAAGGUUGAAGAAAGAGAGAAAGAAGGAGAGAGAGAGAGAGCUCACCUGGAGGAGAGGUAAAGGAUUAGCUAAGAUCAUAUUGAAGAGGAACGUGACUGUGUGGAAGACUUCCUGGCACUGGAGAGACAUCUGGGAGAUGACAUAUCAGCUGGGAGUCCACAGUAAAUCAUAAUGGAGACACAGAGAGGCAAUUCCAUACCUAUCUCCUCACUGUAACAUAGCGAGACAGACACUAAACCAACAAAAUGGACAUUGAGGACCUCCAGAUCCAAAACUCAACAUUUGAUGGCAACACAUCAGACAUUCAGCCUGUCCCACACAACCUAUGGGAGGUCAUCACCAUAGCGACCAUAUCGGCUAUCGUCAGCCUUAUAACAGUCGUAGGCAAUGUUCUGGUGAUGCUGUCGUUCAAGGUCAACAGUCAACUAAAGACAGUCAACAACUACUACCUUCUCAGCUUAGCCUUCGCUGACCUCAUAAUAGGAGCCCUGUCCAUGAACUUAUACACCUCAUACAUCCUAAUGGGCUAUUGGUCCUUAGGGAACCUAGCUUGUGACCUCUGGUUAGCCCUGGAUUAUGUGGCCAGCAAUGCCUCCGUUAUGAACUUGUUAGUCAUCAGUUUCGACAGAUACUUCUCCAUCACAAGGCCGCUGACCUAUAGAGCCAAGAGGACGCCGAAGAGAGCGGCUAUUAUGAUUGGCUUAGCGUGGUUUGUGUCGUUUGUCCUCUGGGCUCCGCCUAUCCUGUGCUGGCAGUAUUUUGUAGGAGAGAGGACGGUCCCGGCAGACCAGUGCCAGAUCCAGUUCUUCUCCGAGCCGGUGAUCACGUUCGGCACGGCCAUCGCAGCGUUCUACAUCCCUGUCUCCAUCAUGACCCUCCUUUACAGUAGGAUCUACAAGGAGACAGAGAAACGCACCAAGGACCUGGCUGAGCUGCAGGGCCUCACCACAUCUGGUCACCCAGAGACUGCUAAUAAACCCCAGAAAACGGUUCUGUUACAGUCCUGUUUUGGCUCCAGUAACGACAGGAGGGACAGGAGGAACCAGGCCUCGUGGUCCUCGUCCAACCAGAGCAACGUCACCAAGACCACGACCCGGUCGGACGAGCUGGCCUGGGCCCAUGCUGACCAGAUCACCUCCUUUAACAGCUACACCUCGUCCGAGGAGGAGGAGACUCACCAUCCUGUUUCCGCGGCAACCUCUCAGGGGACAUUCAAAGGUCAAGUUCAAAGUCAGACAGAGAAAGGACAGACGGCCGCCGAUUACGGUGAUAACGAAGAAGGCAAGUAUUUCCAGACCGCCACUCCAGCACUGAAAAAACCCAGCAAGAAGGGAAUCUCCUACAAGUUCAAAUUGGUCUCGAAGGAUACCAGCAGCCCUCCUCAGAAUGACAAAAUCACUAACAACACAGACCUCAAACCAGCUCUUCCAUGUCCCUCUGAGUCUGACCAGAUAGGUCAGAACCACCACCAGAACUCCUCUCUAUCAUCCUCCACCACCACCACCCCCCCCAAGCCCAUGGACCCCUCCCUGAAGAGCCAGAUCACCAAGAGGAAGAGGAUGGUCCUCAUCAAGGAGAAGAAGGCUGCCCAGACCCUCAGUGCCAUCCUCCUGGCCUUCAUCCUAACAUGGACGCCGUACAACAUCAUGGUGCUCAUCUCCACCUUCUGUUCUGACUGUAUCCCGGUGUCUCUCUGGCACCUGGGCUACUGGCUCUGCUAUGUCAACAGCACCAUUAACCCCAUGUGUUAUGCGUUGUGUAAUAAGACUUUUCAGAAGACCUUUAAGAUGCUGUUGAUGUGUCAGUGGAGGAAGAAGAGAGGGGAGGAUAAACUGUACUGGUGCGGACAGAACCCAGCCAUCAACAGCAAGAUGACAUGAUGUAGUGUGGAAUAGAGAAUAUAUACGUAUUAGGACAUUCAGCAGCAGCAGACCCUUUUAUCUAAAAUUACUUUUUGUACAGCAGAUAUGUUUAGCAAAUGUGGCCCAUAUGGUAUUAAACCCACAACAACAAAAAAACUAAAUGUGCACUCGGAGCAGAACUGAGUUUGGGAAAACGUGAUGUACAUAUUAAAUAUACCACACAUUGCUGCUACUGUACAAAUAGCAAUAGAAGUGUGCUAGCUCAAAACACAGUAACUAGUGGUCAUAGAUCCAUCUGUGAGGAUGAGUAACGCUGUAUACUGUUCCACUAUCAUGUCCCUCUUCAUGUCAAAUGUUUCCUAUAUAAGCUAAUGUGCCUUUGUUCGUCCGGAGGUCUGGUGAUGAAGACUUGUAUUGUGAAUGGAUCGGCGUUGACCUCGCUCCUGUAUUGUGAAUGGAUCGGCGUUGACCUCGCUCCUGUAUUGUGAAUGGAUCGGUGUUGACCUUGCUCCUGUAUUGUGAAUGGAUCGGUGUUGACCUUGCUCCUGUAUUGUGAAAGGAUCGGUGUUGACCUUGCUCCUGUAUUGUGAAUGGAUCGGCGUUGACCUCGCUCCUGUAUUGUGAAUGGAUCGGUGUUGACCUUGCUCCUGUAUUGUGAAAGGAUCGGUGUUGACCUUGCUCCUGUAUUGUGAAUGGAUCGGUGUUGACCUUGCUCCUGUAUUGUGAAUGGAUCGGUGUUGACCUUGCUCCUGUAUUGUGAAUGGAUCGGUGUUGACCUUGCUGAGUCUGUAUUGUGAAUGGAUCGGUGUUGACCUUGCUGAGUCUGUAUUGUGAAUGGAUCGGUGUUGACCUUGCUCCUGUAUUGUGAAUGGAUCGGCGUUGACCUUGCUCCUGUAUUGUGAAUGGAUCAGUGUUGACCUUGCUCCUGUAUUGUGAAUGGAUCGGUGUUGACCUUGCUGAGUCUGUAUUGUGAAUGGAUCAGUGUUGACCUUUCUGAGUCUGUAUUGUGAAUGGAUCGCUGUUGACCUUGCUCCUGUAUUGUGAAUGGAUCAGUGUUGACCUUGCUACUGUAUUGUGAAAGGAUCAGUGUUGACCUUGCUCCUGUAUUGUGAAUGGAUCGGUGUUGACCUUGCUACUGUAUUGUGAAAGGAUCAGUGUUGACCUUGCUACUGUAUUGUGUGAUAGUAUGCUGCUUGUGUACCUUUGAUCUGAUCAGUGAAAUAAUCCCAAUUGAAAAGUAUCAUUAGAGAUCCUCUGAAUGCUCUUUUGUUAACACAACCUUUAUGUAUAACUGCUUGGGGGAUGGGCACCAGACCACCCACCUAGGGGACAGUGAUCCGAGGUGACCAGGGACACCCACCUAGGGGACAGUGAUCCGAGGUGACCAGGGACACCCACCUAGGGGACAGUGAUCCGAGGUGACCAGGGACACCCACCUAGGGGACAGUGAUCCGAGGUGACCAGGGACACCCACCUAGGGGACAGUGAUCCGAGGUGACCAGGGACACCCACCUAGGGUACAGUGAUCCGAGGUGACCAGGUACACCCACCUAGGGGACAGUGAUCCGAGGUGACCAGGUACACCCACCUAGGGGACAGUGAUCCGAGGUGACCAGGGACAUCCACCUAGGGGACAGUGAUCCGAGGUGACCAGGGACACCCACCUAGAGGACAGCAAUCUGACAGUGACUAGGGACACCCACCUAGAGGACAGCAAUCUGACAGUGACUAGUGACACCCACCUAGAGGACAGCAAUCUGACAGUGACUAGGGACACCCACCUAGGGGACAGUGAUCCGAGGUGACCAGGGACAUCCACCUAGGGGACAGUGAUCCGAGGUGACCAGGGACAUCCACCUAGGGGACAGUGAUCCGAGGUGACCAGGGACACCCACCUAGAGGACAGCAAUCUGACAGUGACUAGGGACACCCACCUAGAGGACAGCAAUCUGACAGUGACUAGUGACACCCACCUAGAGGACAGCAAUCUGACAGUGACUAGGGACACCCACCUAGAGGACAGCCAUCUGACAGUGACUAGGGACACCCACCUAGAGGACAGCAAUCUGACAGUGACUAGGGACACCCACCUAGAGGACAGCAAUCUGACAGUGACUAGGGACACCCACCUAGAGGACAGCCAUCUGACAGUGACUAGGGACACCCACCUAGGGGACAGCCAUCUGACUGAGUGACUCAUGGUGAGGUGAGCCUAUCUGAGCGUUGGUCUGAAGUAGACGGGUAAUGAGGGGUCAUUUCAGAUGACCCCCUACACCAAUAUUGCGUUGAGGAACAGAGCAGGUGGCUUCCCCUUCGCUAAAGCAGUACACUACAUAGGGAAUAGGGUGCCCUUUUGGACACACCGGGAUCUCUCCCAUGAUAGACAGGUCUGUCAAUAGUCAUUCAUCAUAACAGGCGGCCUUACAGCAACCCUGCGUGUAAUUUAUAAUGGACAAGGAGUUUUCAUUGAGGCUGUUUAAAUCACAGAGAACACAUUUUAAUAUCUAUUUGAACAUUGCUUCAGCUUACCAUUUAUUUUUUUAAGUCGGCCAAGCCGGGUGAAACCCCAGGGAUGAAAAAUACAACACACACCAAGGUAUGAUACCUGAACAUUUCACUCAGAAAUCUAGCCAUUAACAGGUGAUCUAGUGUACGAAAUAUAGAUCAUACUCCCUUCUAGCUCACAGACACCAACCCAAUGCUUUAUACACGGCCAGAGCAGUGCACACCUGGGGAGAAUUGAGACAUAAAACUUACAUUGUGCCUCGUUAAACCACUUCAUGUGGGUUAAGCACUGACUGGACUGGAAGAUUCAUUUUCAUCAAUGCUUAUUUAAAAUCAGCGAUGUUCCACGUCCCGAUAACGACCUCCAGACAUUCCAAUGAGCGUUCUAGAACAUGACUGAGUCAAAGAGAGGAAAAACACCACAGCGACUGUCUACCGUGAGCAGUAGAUAAACUGCUGUGUGUAAGGUGAACGGUGGUGAUUCAACAAGUAGUCUUUAGGAAAUAAAAAGAAAAUGGAGAUCAGUUGUUCUACGGUCAGACAGGACAGCCGCCCGCUGAACACUGCCAAUGUUUCCUCUCCAAGGAACACACUGUACACAACUGAGGAGACAGUUUCACCAUCUACAUUUUAUUUUACAUUGGUAUUUAAAUAAGUCUGUUUAAUAAUUAAAAUGCAAUCCAUUCACAGUCAUAUUACCUCGGCCCUAACUCAGGAAAAGAAGAACAUCUCUGACAAUUUGAUAUAAGCUCUCAUUCAAGUAGUGGAAAAAUUAGAAUUGACAUAAGACUAAGGUAGUACACACACACACGAGGGUUGUUAGAGACUUAUUAUCCCAUUUACCCAAGGAGACGAGGGUUAAACGAUAAGGAGUAUAAUGAAGGGACCAAGCAGGCAUAAAGUCACUCACAGGUACAACGCAAAACAUCAAAUGAAGAGUAAAAUCUUUCUUUUAUAUCGAGUUGAAGUUACCAGUGCAAAAAAAAUCAAA